CUGCUUACAGUGCUGGACCUGCCGCUCGAGUGCAUUUCGGUCUAAAUGUGCGAAAAUGUUACUAAAGGACAAAAUUAUGCAUCUGCCACAAACCCGGUUACUGUGCGUGUAAUUUCCCCCCUCCGUUUAAUGACUUAUAUAGGAUUUGAUGUGCUAAAUAAUAUUUGACAGGUUGCGGGGGGAGAUUGUUACUUCUGUGCCAUGUAGAUGUAUUUACUUUGUAUUCUUAUGCUUGUCUACCCACGUCUGGAUAUUUCAGUGCUAUUGAAGUAUGCACUGCCUUAGGUCCACGCUUGCUCUUAGUGAUUUCUGUACUCAAAUUGAACCAAGAAAAGGGUUACGAUGUAUUGGUAUAUUAUGGGGCAUCAUGCUCUGGUUUUUUGCUCCAGUACCUAAGUGGUAUCUUGGUGAGAUUAGUUUUAAAUUAGGUUUGGUGGCUUUUUAAAAAAGUGGAAGGAAUUUUUUUGGGUACUGCUUAGGAGGUAGCCUCAGUGGGAAUAAAAAAAUGUGCUGUGGUACUGGUGAUCUUUAACCUCUAGAAUUACUGAGGAGAAGUGAAUGCUUAGAUUUGUACUUGAAUCAUGACUGAAUACAUCCUCUAAUUGUUGUAAUAGUGAACUCCUGAAGUGUGAGGUCGCAAAGAGGGAAGAGCUGGUUUGGGUUUGUAGUCGCUUGUCUAACCAGUGUGACGUUGCUGUCAUGUGAAUAAAUUUACUAUGGUUUUGGGUUUUGUUGUCGCUGAUGUUUAGUGGUUUUUGUUUUUAUUUAAGUAAAAUGUUUCCAAGAAAGCCUGACAGAGGCCCUGCACUGGCACAUCCUGUGUUCCAAAGCAGGAUUCCUGGGUUUACUUCCUGGUUUCUGCUUCUCUAUAGGAAUGUUUGAAGAGAGAUUUGCUUAGCUCUGUUUUCAAAAUGGGGAUCUAGAUCUUCGGACACCUGUAAAAGUGCCAAAGUGCUUGAAGUCAGGUGCACUAAAGAGAGCAGAGAGAGCUCAGCCCCCGGGUAUUCUGCUUAUCCCUCUGAGCAGGGGAGUGCUAGCUCAAAUGUGCCAAAAGACACAUGAAGUGACAAUGGAGUAUAGACCUGUCCUCUUGCUUGCCAUCUACCCAGAGACUGUCUUCCACUGAAUAGCAUUAAAGUUGUUUGUCACAGCUGGCAGUUGUACAAGAAGUGGAGGCACAUCUGCGCUUGCUAUCUUUGGAUCUGAAAGCACAAGUGAGCACAGCAGCACGGUGCCAGAGCAGUCCUGUGGAAAGCCAGCUUGGGGGCAGAAAUAGAAUAGGUAUGGUUUAGACUGCUGAUGGGGCUUGACUUAGUAACUGUGGUGUAAUGCCUUGUGGGCAUAGCUGUGCUGUUCAUGGGUUGAGUUUGUCCAUUUGUGUCAUACUGCUUAGGUGAUCUGUCAGCUCAGUUUUUGAUGGUUGCAAGUGUUUGUGCUUUUUUAGCUUUAUACUGGAGUGGUGGCAUAAGUAUAUGCAGAAAAGCUCUUUCAAUAGUCAAAAGGGAACACAUGCAUUUUUUUACUCUGGUGUUUUUUCUUUUUAAAUCUCAAAAAAAUAAAAACUCGUGUUUCCUCCUGCGCUAUUUAAUUUUGUACAUACAGGAUCAUUUUGAUGCAGAAGGCACAGUUCAUCUUGAAAAAGUUUUGAGUAGCAUUAUUGCUGGGUUUUGAGCAUGAGCUGGUUUAUGGUGGCCUGGCAGGAACAGAACUGUCUGUUCCUACAGUGGGAGUAGGCAGAGCGAAAAUGUCAUACUGUCAGGUUGGCUUCAGAAGCUACACACUUAAGACAUUGAGUAUUGGGGUCAGAAUAAUCGUGAUCUUUCCUCAGCAUGGCCUGGGGCUGCAGACUGGUUGGGAGCAGGCUGCAUCAACACUACAGCUUUUCUUUGAGUACCACGACUGUGCCCUUAACAAUUCUGUGAGCCCACUGGCAGCACACUACUGAUAGCUUCACGUUUUGUAGUUCUUGUACAUGGCAGUAAAGUUCGCUUCCAAGGUGGUGACCGUGAUGCGACAGAAACCAUAGUGGAAGGACUGAGGGAAAAACUUUGAAACAUUGGAAUAAUGUUUUGUAAGGCUGAAAUGCUUUUGUUCAGCUCUGGAAUGUGAAUGCCUCAGUUCUUGUGCAAUACUUGUCAUUUCUUAAGAUGUUUUGAAAUCUAGACUUUAUUUUGAACACCAGCAUGUGUGUUUUCAGUUUUUUCUCUCUCCUGAAAUUUAGAUAAGCAAAACUGGGUUACAGAUUGGUUGAUAGUAGACAAAGUGGGGGUUUUUUAAUAAAAAAAAGGUGGGGAAUGAUGCAGGAAUACAACUGACCAUGUUAUUCUGGUGCAAGGUCAGGAAUUCGGUUUUGUGUUUUAGAAUAUUUUUUUAAUGUGCUGAUAGGAACUGGCUAAAAGCACAGUGGGCCAAAUGCUAAUGCUUUGUUGUUUGCUUACUCUGUUUGCUUCUUGAUUAUUCAGGUUUAGCAAUGUUCUUUCUACGUGGUGUGCUUGCCUACCAGAUCGGUUUGGGUUUUAGUUUAGUUGCCUGAAAAACAUUGUUUUAACAUUAUUCAUUGGCUGCAAGAAACCUCUGUGAGGAUGGAUUAUUUCACAACAGAAGAAAGUAAUCUUCAUCAAUCAUUUGAGUAUGUGUGCAGUGAGUGUAAUAUAUUUUAAUCAAAGAACAAACUUGUCAAUAGUGCCAUGCUGAAACGUUUCUUUCAUUGCUGUGUGCCAGUUUCUCUAUUAACCGCCUGGCACAUGUUCUGAACUUUGUGCCUAAAAGGUCUGACAUCAUCUUUCCAUGUAUAUUUGAUUAAAUUAAAGCAGCAUGAUGCAAUCAUGUCCUGGUGAUGUGGGACUAAGUAUUCACCUUUUAAAACUCCUGAUAAAAUAUUCAUAGUAUGAAUUGAUUUAAUAGAGAGUAAGCAAAGGUGAUUGAUUCUAGCAACAUAUGUAGGGCAAAGGAAAGGAUAGGCAAUAAUAUACUGAGAAUCAUCGUAAAGCAAGGAAGGAAUAUGUGUGUUUGUUCAGAAAAUUAAAGCAAAGCACUGUGUUAUAUUUUUAUAUUAACAAAGAUAGUUCAGCUUUAGUUACUACAGCAAAUACUGGAUUUCAUUAUCUUACCCUAAAUACUGUCACGCAGUUUAAUAAUGCCAGCUCUUACUGGAGAAGAUUUUGUACUAAAAUUGUGUAAAAUGUGAGGGACUAAUUCUUGUCCUGCAAGCUUGUCGGGUCAGACUUGUCAAGUCAAACCUGUACCAUGGUUAUUACUGAACUCAGUUAUGCCUGACAGCAUCCUACAACAUAGCUUGGGUUUGAGUCUGAUGAAAGAAUUAUGAGCAGCAGAGAAUGGAACCAGUUGUCCAUGUUAGUGCCAGAACUCAAACGGUGUGAGUUUGGGUGGUAGUUUCGUUUGUUCAAACACUUCUUUUCCCAUAAUCUCUUUUCAAGUUUAGAAACAUGCUGUUCAUUUUGUCUAUACCUGCUUGGCAGCCUUCAUUGGACUUUACAUUUUCCUGUCACAAACUGUGUAUCCCAGUAGUGCCUGUGUAAUCGCUGCGAGGGAAUUGUCUGUCUUUGGAGUCUCUGUACAGCUGGCCCUCUUGCAAAGCACUAUGCCAUCUGUUCCCAGUGCUGCCCACUCCACUUCCCACAGGCCUUCUAGUGCAGAAAGAGCCUUGUUUGGAGAGCCUCCAUAAAGAACAGCUGUGCUUUAAGUGGGCUGGCUGCAAGUGCCUGAAUCUAGACAGGGUUUAUGCGACUCAUGCAGUGGUGGAGGGCUUAACCAUUACCCUGUACUGGGAGAAACUGUACAGCGCACCCUGUCAGGCACCCACUGCCCUUGGAAGAAGUUUUUCUGUGAUUCUGUCAUCAGAUCUGUUUGAAGUUCCUGCGUGAUCAGACCCAACGGCUUUGUCUUGUGCAGCAUUUUUCAUAAAAGGCUGAGAUGAGGUGAAAUGUUCUCUCUAGAUUUGUGUGUCAUUGCUAUGGGGGUCUGAAAGAAUCAAUUAAUAUUACGUUUACCUUAUGCCAGAUGCUUUACAUUCUUUGCUGCUAUCUUUUCCCCAUCUUGCUCUUCUGCAGCUACUGGGAUUACACUGCUCCAGUUAACACUUCUGGGUUCCAUUGUAGCACAUGAUAGAAGGGAAAUGAUUAGAAAAUUGUCACUGCCUGCUUAUCUCUAUUGAUCUAAGUUCACAAAAAAUCACGAGUUCACUGUAAUCUAUGUCCCUGUUACUGCUGUUGCCUAGUUGUCCUAGAGCAGAAUGUUACGCAUUCGUGGUGGAAGUGCUGUCCUCUUUACAGGUACUGUGGCCAUUACUGCUGUAAAUGCCACUGCUGGAGCACUAAAACAGUGAUGAGAAAUCAUAGGAAUACUCAGGAGAGCCAUCUACAUCCUGUGACAGCAUUAAGAAUGAUAGGACCAUUUUCGGUGUGAACUGGAGUUGUGUUGAAGGCUUUCACCAGCACAGGAAGGGAUAGAGUGCUGUGAAUGAUGGAAUCGUGUCAGUGGUAAGCUGAAAGCACAGCCUGAUGCCUAAGGACCUGAACUGCUUCUUGGGGCUGUCCUUUGAGUCUCACUCUCUCAAAGUGCAGUUCUCAGCUACUCCAGUGAAUUACAGGACUGUCUGAAAUUGAUGUGAACUUUCAUGAUGUUGUAAUACUGGAAACGUGUAUUGUAAGUUGUACAGACAGUUUUUACACUCAUGUUUCCAGCUUCUGCAGAACUCGACAGUGCAAUAUUAUGGAUUACUGCAGAGGACCUAUGUCCUGUUCUCAGUGACUUCAUUACUGUAGGAUUGGCUUACUCUAUCAUGAACAGAUAGCUUCUGAAGUGUGACUAUAAUGUAAAAAAGUCCUUAAAAACAACGGGUGUUAAUCAGUAGGUAUGCAGGUAGCCAGGAAUGCCAAAAAACUGGAAUACAUCCAGGUCUGAUCAGCAGAAAUUCUGGCAUCAUAAGAAGCAUGGCUUAAAAUCUAAGACAGAUAACCUUUUGGUUGGAAAAUGACCCUGUCAUUGGUGCUUCAGAUGCAUUUGUCAGAUCAGCAGGAAAACUCUCUGACCACUGAGAGAAAUCUCUUCUCAAUGCCCCUUCUAGGGAAACAGGAAACGAUUAGAGUCAAUGUUAUGAUGUCGAAAAGCGAUGGGGAAUUUCACAGAGCACAGGUUGUUUUUAAUAUCACCUAUGCUAAUGGACAGGUAUAUCUAAAUGAUUUCCCUAUGAAAAGCAGGGUUGCCCACGUAACAUGUCAAACAGUAAUAUUGGAGAACAGAAACUUGGAUAACUUACCAGGUCAGCAGCGCCUGGGAACCGUCAGCGUUCGCAUCAUGGUUCACAAGUGGCCUUUGGCAUCCAAUUCUGAUUUGCAGCUGAUUGUCAUUCAGGAAGAAGUGACAGAAAUUGAUGGAAAACAGGUUCAGCAAGAAGAAGUAACAGAAAUAGAUAUUUUAGUAAAGGACCUGAGAGUACUUAGACAUUCAAACUACACUGUCCCUUUGAAAGAGAGCAUGCUGUAUUCCAUCCCAAGGGACAACGACAUGUUAUUUACACUUCCCAGCCUCUCAGGAAAAGAUAUUCAAGACCCACUGCAAACUACCAGUCAGUACCUCAUCCGGCAAGUGGAAACCACAGUAGAUGAAGAGGCAUUACCUGGCAAGUUACCAGAGACCCCUCUCAGGAUAGAACCUCCAUCUUCUUACAAGGUGAUGUGCCAAUGGGUGGAAGAUUUGAGGAAAGUGUUGUGCAGAUUCUGGUUGCAAUCUCUACCCAUCUUCUUCAGUUUGAUGGAAGUCAUUGUAGUAGGAGUUGUUGGAGCAGCUCUUAUUCUCAAAGUUUUAAAGGUGAUCCUCCCUUCCUGUGAAAACAAAGGCACCCUUCUCCUGGAUCAGGUCAGCUUUGUACCGGUGAUUACCAUCAGCUUGCCUUCAGAUCUUCCAGACAGGAAAAAUAACUUAGACGAGAAGACAUGUACUUAAUCCCACGUUUGCUUUGGAGUUACUGUUUUUUAAAAGCAUAUUUUUAGUUGAUCUGAAAUUUGGCACUUGAUCUUAAUACCAUGUUUGUUUCCUACCAAGAAAACUCAGUCAGUUGAUAAAUUGGCAAAGGGACAGUGAGGCCGAGGCCCAAAGCUGACUUCCCUGUGCCUCUCCAUUAAAAUACAGCUUUUUCAGAAGCUUCAAAAUAAAGCAGCUUCCCACCCUGAGGGCUACCAUUGGUUUUAACUUCUGUGAAGUCGCUUUUCCACACGUCAGACAGGACGCUGGCUGCCUUCAUGCCCAUCCAUAAAGCAGGGCAGCUAUCCUGAGUACCGAGGUGCUAAAAAUUCAGGGUGUCCUGAAGCCUCCCGAUAGCAUUCCUCAGAAAAGGACAAAGGAGUAUCGCAAACAUCAGCUGUGCCUGCAAGCCUAAACAAAGCUGCCCAACCUGGUGUCAAGUCUCUUAGGGUUGAGUGUGCCUUGCAAGGAGAAUACCACUACAAACCCCUUGUGUCACUUAAGUAAUUUGACGUUUUAAAUAUGCAAACCAAAUUUUAAAGGCGGAUUUAUAUUUUAAGCACUUUACACUUUUAUGGCCCCUUCCACUCCUAGAAACUGUUGGCACUUGUAAAGAAUGUGCUUUUUGUAUCUGUGGCAGCAGUACUACGCGAAGUCUCAAGAGAGAAAAGGAAACUCUACAAGCUCCUAUGACAGCAGUGGCUUACCACUGCUGCGUAGGCCCGGUCUGCCCCUGCCCAUUUGUACUGCUGUUGUUUUUCAAAUAAACACUUAAAUUGUUUAUCAGAC